AUGGAAUCAAGUGAAGUGAGUUGGUUCUGGAAGGAGGACAUUUGGCUCCCUCCAAAUGUGACCUGGAAAGACUUAGAACCUCGGCCUGACAAGCCCUAUGCUAACUUCUAUCAUCUAUACCUCCCCAUACCUUUUGGUAUCAUCUUGAUCAUCAUUCGGACACUCUUGGAAUGGUUUGCAUUCAAGCCAUUUGGUACAUCUCUGGGACUACGAGCAAGGAGAGUGCGCAAGAUUCCAGCCAAUUCCAUCUUGGAGAAGGCAGCUGCUCGCAAUCAUAUCAUGGACAGGAAACAGAUCCAAGGACUUGCCAAGCAAGUGGACAUGUCUGAGAGACAAGUUGAGAGGUGGCUUCGCAAUUACCAACUUCAGAGGAAACCAAACAAGCUCACAAAAUUUUGUGAGACAGGGUGGAGAUGCCUAGUCUACAUCGUGAUGUUUGUGUAUGGUAUCUGGGUCAUUUGGGAUAAACCAUGGACCUGGGACAUAAUGGAGUGCUGGCGAGGUUUCCCCAUGCAUUGCUAUGACAGUGAAGAAAUGAUGGAAUCAUUGCAGUUCAUCAGCCCAGAUGUGUGGUGGUAUUACAUGCUGGAGCUGAGUUUCUACUGGUCCCUGAUGUUCUCACAGUUUUUUGAUAUCCAACGCAAAGAUUUUUGGCAGAUGUUCAUGCAUCACUGUGCCACAAUCUGCCUCCUGUCCUUCUCAUGGGCCUGCAACUACACCCGGAUUGGGACACUUGUCCUUGCCUGCCAUGACUGUGCUGACAUCUUCCUUGAUGGUGCCAAGAUGGCAAAGUAUGCAGGGAGAACGCGGGUCUGCAAUCUUCUGUUUGGAAUUUUCACAUUUCUCUGGAUCGUCACUCGUCUCGGCAUCUUUCCCUUCAAAAUUAUAUACAGCACAUGUUGGGAGGCUACAACCUUGUAUCCUGUAUUUCCUGCAUACUACAUCUUCAACAGUCUCUUGAUGGCACUUCUUCUCCUUCAUGUCUUCUGGACCUAUUGGAUAUUGAGAAGUGCUCUCAAGGCUCUUGCUGGUCAU